UUUUCGUCGGUGUAUAAAACCGACGGGACCGUUGCCGUUUUCGUCAGUGUGUCGUCCGAUCUGCCAGAGGGUCUACCGUGCAACACAAAGCUGCAAAAACUUCAUCUCGACGACCCAAACGAUGAACACCAUUUCAACCAAGAAAAUCGCCUUCCUGGCCGCCGCGCUGGCAUUGGUCGCGGUCGUCGGCUACACGGCGGCGGACAUGGCGGAUGUCGGCUUGUGCAUCAGGAACUGCGCGCAGUGCAAGAAGAUGUUGGGCGCCUACUUCGAAGGGCCGCUGUGUGCGGAUGCGUGUGUCAAGUUUAAGGGAAAGAUGAUACCGGACUGCGAGAACAUCGAAUCCGUGGCACCGUUCCUCAACAAGCUCGAGUGAUUUGCGCCUAGCACCCGUCACCCUUAGACCGCGAUUAUAUUAUACGUCAUGCAUUUCGAAAAUAAAUAAUCAUAUUGUACACGCUA